UUCUGACCACCUGACAUGCUAUAUUUUACUUAUAUAGUUACAGAUUAUCUGUCUGUCUGUCUCCUCCACUAGGAUGCCAGUUUCAAGAUAUGUGUCUGUUUUGUUCACUGCUGUGAACAGUACCUGGUAUACAGUAAGCUCAAUAAGUGUUUACUGAGUGACUGAAAAGUGAACUUCUAUUCAUACCUCAAAACCCAGCUAAAAUGCCCCAUACUCCUUUGCCCUGCACAGUGCCCAGGGGGCCAACUGGAAUUGCCUUCACCUCUGGGGACCUCAGCUUCCCCAACCCCCAUUGACAUCUGUGAAUCUGAGAGGUUCUUUUUCUCACACCAGAUGAUAAAAAAAAAAAAAGCCGUAACAGUGGACAUUCAUUAAGCACUCGCUGUAUGCCAGUCACUGUGCGAUGCUCUUUCCUUUCAUCAGCUCAUUAAGUCCCUGUGAGAGCCCCGUGGGGUGAGGGAGAGGAGCAGCCAUGUUCCUGAGCCCGGGCGAGGGGCCCGCUGAGGGUGGGCGGCCAGGGCCUGGCGAGGAGGCCCCCAAGAAGAAGCACCGGAGGAACCGCACGACCUUCACCACGUACCAGCUGCACCAGCUGGAGCGGGCGUUCGAGACCUCCCACUACCCGGACGUUUACAGCCGCGAGGAGCUGGCCGCCAAGGUGCACCUGCCUGAGGUGCGAGUGCAGGUGUGGUUCCAGAACCGCCGGGCUAAGUGGCGCCGCCAGGAGCGUCUGGAGUCAGGCUCCGGGGCCGUGGCAGCCCCGAGGCUCCCCGAGGCCCCAGUACUGCCCUUUGCCUGCCCUCCCGCCAUGCCACUGCCCCUGGAGCCCUGGCUGGGCCCUGGGCCCCCAGCCGUGCCGGGACUCCCGUGCCUCCUGGGCCCGGGUCCGGGGCUGCAGGGGUCCUUCGGGCCCCACACCUUUGGUCCAGGCUUCACGGACGGUUUCACCCUGGAGGAGGCGUCCUUGCGGCUGCUGGCCAAGGAGCACGUGCAGGCUCUGGACAGGGCCUGGCCAUCGGCCUGAACCUGGUGCCUGCCCAGCCCUCCCUCCUCAGCCUGUCUGUGGCCACCCAUGCCAGGUCCCCCACCCCACCACCACCUCCUUACCCUGCCUUGCAGGGUAACUGGCACCCAGUUUCAAGAAGGAGGUGGCCAGAGGAUCCCCGGCCAGGGGGAUGGGUCCCUGGCCUGGUCUCAAGGGAGUGUGGGGCCUCAGUCUCCCCAUCUGUCAAGUGGGUGUGGGUGGGCUGGAUUCUGAGGUUCUUAGACUGCAAUCAGGAGCCACUGGGGUGUGAAUUCUGAGUUGAUGAGUCUAAGUCCCUCCGCCUGCCGCCCUCUCUCUAAGAAGUAACAAGUAACAGCAGUAGCAGUUCAUGUUCAACCCACCCCCUUUCACUGUGUGCUCCCCAUGUGCCCAUUGCUUUACCCCACGAGGUGGGCAUGGCCACCAGCCUCAUCUUUCAGGGGAGGAAACUGAGGCCCAGAGAGGGGAAGCCAGUUUCUUGAGGCCACACAGCCAGUAGGGGGCGGAGCUCUUUUUAAACUCAUUGCCUGACUCCAUCAGCCCAGGCCCCAUGCUGGACCCAGGCUGGGCGCUAACAAGGGGACUCUCUGCUGAGGCUGGGCGAAUACUGUCUGUCCCUGCUCCUCCCAGUUGCCACGGUGUGGCUUAUGUCCCCACUGGCCACAGCCCCCAUCGUGUCUCCCAGCCCACUGUGUGGGGGGGGGGGGGGGGGUCGGGGCCCUGGUGACAAGGCCAGCAUUUGUUCUGUCCAACCCAUGUCUCCCACGUGGCGGUCCUCACCUCCCUUCAGCCAGGGGAUACAGGGCAGGACCCGCCCAAGACUGUCCGGGUCUGGACUGGGUUGAGAACCGGGCUCCUGACCCUCACCCAGGCCUCUGUUGAAGAGUCGCAGAACAACCACCACAUCUGGAAGGGGUUCCGUGUGUGUAUAUAUAUAGUAACAGCUUUACUGAGGUAAGAUUUCCGUAAAGUUAAUCACACGUGCUUAAAGCAUACCACUUGGUAAGCCUUGACGUCUGUGUACACUCCUGGAAGCCUCGCCACGGUCACAUGACGUGCGCACCCCUUCAGCUGCUGCGUGCCUCCCCAGUCCUCUCCCACCCCGCCCGCCCCUCCCCACACGACCAUUCGUCUGCUUCUGUCACUGGACAUUCACUUGGGUUUCCUAAGGUUUUAUAGAAAGGAAACCACACAGGAUGUCUUCUUUACUAGGUUUUGUCUGGUUUCUUAUGCUGAGGACAAUUAUUUUGAGAGACGUCCAGGCGGACCCCCUUUUCUUGGUGAGCCCUAUUCCGUAGUAGGGGACACACGUCUGUUUAUUCACUCCUCUGGUUUGCUCUGGGGUGGGUUCCAGCUUGGGACGAUUAUGAAUUAAACUGCUGUGGACAUUUGUGUACAUGACCUACACCUUCAUCUUUCUUGGGGAAAUCCCUGUGUAUGGAUUUUAGCCGU